AUGUCUCCUUCCUUUAGUGACCAUUACUCUCCCGGUUUCGAAGUAUCUGAGAAACUGUGUACAAUUAUCCAGCGGAUCUUCACUUCUGCGGUCCAUGUUAGCAACAUUUCUCCCCUUGACGGCCACCUCCAUCCACUUUGUCUCUUAUCACUAUCCAAUGGAACCCAUGUACUUUUGAAAUGUUCGCCGGCACCGAUGACACCGUUACUACGGCGAGAGCAAUUCAUACUUGAUACAGAAGCCCGUGCACUUGCUUUACUCAAGCAGAGUGGAAUUCCUGGCAUUCCGCAAAUCUUCCAUUACAACUCUCGAGGCAAUUUGCGAGAUUCCGCCUUUUUGAUGCGGCAUUAUGUGACCGGAGCUACACUACAUGAGAUGGAACCCUGGCUCACUCCCCAGAAUCGGAAAGAUAUUGACCGGCGACUGGGAGUCUUAGCUCAAAAGAUUGGACAACAUGUGUCUGAUUCCUUUGGGACUCUGGAACAGGUGGCCUGCGGCGCUGGGAGGCGAUCCUGGCGAGAGGCCUUUGUUAUCCUGUUUGAAAGCAUUCUCCGUGACUCAGAGGAUGUCUUCGUCAACCUUCCUUAUGCUGAGAUAAGGCACCAGCUUAGUCGGCUAUCACCAGCGCUUGAGGAAAUCACUUUGCCACGAUUAGUAGUCAUUGACUUUGGCCACCCUACGCAAGUGCUAGUAGAUCCCGAAUCCAAACAGUUAUCUGGCAUUGUGGACUUGGGCAAAACUCUAUGGGGUGAUGUCUACAUGGGUGAAAUAUUCGAAGAGCCAUCGUCUUCGAUGUUGGACGGCUUUGGAGGAUCGCAGACGGUAGGAAGUGAGAUGGAGAAAAUAAGGCAGCUUUUAUAUGCCUGCUAUCGGUCGGUUGAAAGAGUCACCGUGCAAUACUAUCGGAAUCGAGAUAUGGUUGCGGAAAAUGAUGCAAGGAGGCGGUUGACGAUGAUAUUGAACAAGAUGGCUGCUAUCUGA